AAGUAAUCUAAGAAAUCUAAAGAGGAAGAACCUGUAUUUAAUGGGAUAUUUAAAGAUAAUAGUGAUGAUGAAAAUGAUGAUAAAAGAAAGAAACAGACCCUAAUUUUAAAUGUUUCAGGUAAUAUAUGAAUUAGAAAAGAGAUACAAAAUAUGAUGUUGUUAAAUUUGUUGGUAAAAAAAUAUUCAAAUGGAUAUUGUAAUAUGAACCAGAUGGUGUUAAUUGGGAUAUGUUUUGGACAGAUGCAGCUGUUCAACCAGAAACCUUAGGUAAAAUGUAACGUAAGUUUAUUUAAAAAUAUAUUUAAUAGCUCACCAAAAGAUAAAUCACUUUCCAGGAAUGUAUUCUCUCGCUCGUAAAAAUCAUCUUGGUAGAAAUUUAAUGAAAAUGAGAAAAUAAUUUUCAAAUGAUUUUAAAUUCUUUCCAUAAACAUGGUUAUUACCAGCUGAAUAUGGAGAUUUUAAAAAUUAAUUUGUAAAAGGAAAAGUAAGAACAUUCAUUGUUAAACCAGAAGCAAGUUGUUAAGGAAGAGGAAUAUUUUUAACUAGAAAUAUUAAUGACAUAAAUCCCACUGAUCAUUAUGUUGCAUAAAGAUAUAUGCAUAGACCCUUUUUAAUAGAUGGAUUAAAAUUUGAUUUAAGAGUCUAUGUAUUAUUAGCUGGAACUGAUCCUAUGAGAAUUUAUGUAUAUUAAGAUGGUUUGGUAAGAUUUGCUACAGAACCAUAUGUCACACCAACUACAAACAAUUUAGAAGAUGUUUGUAUGCAUUUAACAAAUUAUGCUAUUAAUAAGGAAAAUCCAAACUUUGUUUUCAAUAAUGAUGCAACCAAAAUGGAUGUUGGUCAUAAAAGAUCUAUUAAAUCUGUUUUUGGUAAAUUAUAAGAGGAAGGACAUAACAUCCAAAAAUUAUGGCAAGAUAUGUAUAAAUUAUUUAUCAAAACAUUCUGCACUGUUUAACCAAUAUUAAGUCAUCAUUACAAAUCAUGUUAACCUGACAAUUAUGCAAAUAAUAUGUGCUUUGAAAUUCUCGGAUUUGAUAUCUUCAUUAAUGAUAAAUUAAGACCUUUUUUAUUAGAAGUGAAUCACACACCUAGUUUUACUACUGAUACUCCAUUGGAUUCGUUAAUAAAAAAAAAUCUUAUUAGAGAUACUUUAAAAUUGAUGAAUGUAAGUCUUAAAGCAAAAGAAGAAAUAAUAUCAUCAAGAAGAGAAUAAUUAUAAUAACGAGUUUUUACAGGAAAGAAAUAGAAAUUAACAUAAGAAGAAAAAAAUUUAUAAGUUUAGUAGUGUUCUUAAUAAAGAGAUUAACAUGAAAAUAACAAUUUAGGAGAUUAUGUUAAAAUAUAUCCAUUAGAAGAUGCUUCUGAAUAUAAUAAAUUUAUUGAAUUUGCCUCUGAAUUAUAAGAUAAUUGGACUGGUGCAAGUAAAAAUAAUAAAUAGUUAUUUGAUAGAUAUAAGAAGAAAUUAAAAGAAGGAGUAAUCUGAAACUCCUUAAUCCUAAUCUAAUAAACCUCCCACUAUUCCAGUAAAAAAACCAAAUACUCCUUAAAUGUUACCUAAAAUUAAUGAGAAAUAAAAUAAAAUUCAUCUUUCAAUAGAGCCUUAAAAGAAUGAAGAAAUAAAAAGCAAAACUUAAUCAAUAGGGAAAAUAAAAAAAGAUUCUUAAAGAUAAGUAUCUGACCCACCUCUACCUAAAUAACAUUAGAGUAUGAGAAAUGUUUAAUAAUCACUUUAAUAACAGUAAGCUAUAUAAUAAUAAUAAAAAUCCUGUUUAUAACCUAGAUUGUUUGAUUUAGACAUUUUAAGCACU